AUGGUGGCCGGCACCCCCGGCUUCUCGGCGCAGACGCGCGGGAAUCCUUUCGCGAGGAACACCCAGGCCGGCUCACCCGGCCAGAAUGGCGUCUCGGCCAGACCCAAGUCGGUCCUCUUCAACACAUUGCCGGCCACACCGGCCCACGGCAACACUCCACCGCCUGCUCCACCACACAGCCGAUCCCAGUCCGUCGCCUCACUAUCCGGGCUAUCAGGCCUGCCAGGGCUCAGCGGGCUCAACGGGCUCGUGCGGGCCGGCAGCGUGUCACGCCAUGGCUACAGUCAGUCUCGCGAUAACACGCCCGCAUCUAGCACGUUCGCGCCGUCGUUCAUCAAGACCGAGGAGAUGAAGCAGCGGAGCAUCGACGUGGUUCGCGGCAUCGAGGGCGAAAACGACUUUUCGGGCAAGCGCUAUGUCUGGCUGAAGGACCCCCAGGUGGCCUUUGUCAAGGGCUGGGUGGUCGAGGAGCUCGAGGACCACCGGAUCCUCGUCCAGUGCGAAGACGGCACCCAACGAGACGUCGAUGCCGAGAGCGUCGACCGGGUCAACCCGGCGAAAUUCGAUAAGGCGAACGACAUGGCAGAGCUGACACACCUCAACGAGGCGUCAGUGGUGCACAACCUGCACAUGCGGUACCAGGCCGACCUCAUCUACACAUAUUCGGGGCUCUUCCUCGUGACGGUCAAUCCGUACUGCCCACUGCCGAUAUACACCAACGAGUACGUCAACAUGUACAAGGGCCGUAACCGGGACGACACCAAGCCGCACAUCUUCGCCAUGGCCGACGAGGCGUUCCGCAAUCUCGUCGACGAGGGCGAGAACCAAAGCAUCCUGGUGACGGGCGAAUCUGGAGCCGGAAAGACGGAAAACACGAAAAAAGUGAUCCAGUAUCUGGCUGCAGUGGCCCACACGGACCAGUCGGCCGCCAAGAACCGCGGCAAUCCGCAGCAUGCGCACCUCUCGGCCCAGAUCCUGCGUGCCAACCCGAUCCUCGAGGCGUUUGGUAACGCGCAGACGGUGCGGAACAACAACUCGUCUCGCUUCGGCAAGUUCAUCCGCAUUGAGUUUACGCCCAACGGGUCUAUUGCCGGGGCCUUUAUCGACUGGUAUCUGCUGGAAAAGUCGCGUGUGGUGCGCAUCAGCGCCCACGAGCGCAACUACCACAUCUUCUACCAGCUGCUCAAGGGAGCCGACAGCCGGCUGCGCCGUGAGCUCCUGCUGGACGACAUGGGCGUGGAGGACUUUGCCUACACACGUGACGGCAAUGACGUCAUCACUGGAGUCUCAGACGUGCACGAGUGGGAAUCGCUGAUGGAGGCCUUUGGCGUCAUGGGCUUCACGGAAGAAGACCAGACGGCGAUCCUGCGGACAGUGGCAGCCGUACUACACCUGGGCAACAUUUCGGUCGUCAAGGAGAGCCGGGCGGCCGACCAGGCACGGCUGGCCACGGACUCGACCGCCCAGGCCGAACGUCUCUGCAGGCUGCUGGGCGUGCCGGUCGAACCGUUCCUCAAGGGCCUGCUGCACCCACGGGUCAAGGCAGGCCGCGAAUGGGUUGAGAAGGUGCAGACGCCCGAUCAGGUGCGGUUGGCCAUCAACGCGCUGGCCAAGGGCAUCUACGAGCGCGGGUUCGGAGACCUGGUGUCGCGCAUCAACCAGCAGCUCGACCGGGCCGGGCUGAUGGGCAUGGACGAUGCGCACUUUAUCGGCGUGCUGGACAUUGCCGGGUUCGAGAUCUUUGAGGAGAACAGCUUCGAGCAGCUGUGCAUCAACUACACCAACGAGAAGCUGCAGCAGUUCUUCAAUCACCACAUGUUUGUGCUCGAGCAGGAGGAAUAUGCGCGCGAGCAGAUCGAGUGGCAGUUUAUCGACUUUGGGCGGGACCUGCAGCCGACGAUUGACCUGAUCGAGCUGCCGAACCCGAUCGGCAUCUUCUCGUGUCUGGACGAGGACUGUGUGAUGCCCAAGGCGUCGGACAAGUCCUUCACCGAGAAGUUGCACUCGCUCUGGGACAAGAAGUCGCCCAAAUACCGGCCGGCACGACUGCGGUCGGGCUUCAUCCUGACGCACUACGCAGCCGAGGUGGAAUACUCGACCGACGACUGGCUGGAGAAGAACAAGGACCCGCUCAACGACAACGUAACGCGGCUACUGGCGACGUCGACGGACAAACACGUGGCUCGGCUCUUUGCCGACUGCGCGGCCGACCAGGACGACGACCAUUCGGUGGCCGGGCGCAGCAGCCGGGUCAAGAAGGGCCUCUUCCGCACAGUAGCCCAACGCCACAAGGAGCAGCUCGCAAAACUGAUGGCCCAGUUGCACUCGACGCAUCCGCACUUUGUGCGGUGCAUUCUGCCCAACCACAAGAAGCGGGCCAAGCAGUUCAACAGCCUGCUGGUGCUGGACCAGCUGCGGUGCAACGGUGUGCUCGAGGGCAUCCGCAUCGCGCGUACCGGCUUCCCCAACCGUCUGUCCUUUGCCGAGUUCCGCCAGCGUUACGAGGUCCUCUGCCGCGACAUGCCCAAGGGCUGCUACCUCGAAGGCCAGGCGGCAGCAGCCAUGAUCCUCGACAAGCUCGGGCUCGACCGGGCGCUCUUCCGCGUCGGCCUGACCAAGGUCUUCUUCCGGGCCGGCGUACUGGCCGAGCUGGAAGAGCAGCGCGAUGCUCUGAUCAACGAGAUCAUGUCGCGGUUCCAGGCGGUCGCACGCGGCUUUAGCCAGCGGCGCAUCGCUUACAAGCGGCUGUACCGGGCAGAGGCGACGCACGUGAUCCAACGCAACUUCCACGCGUAUCUCGAUCUGUCGGGCAAUCCAUGGUGGCAGCUGCUGGUGAAGAUGCGGCCGCUGUUGGGCGACUCGCGGACGGCGACCGAGGUGCGACGCCGGGACGACGCCAUCCGGCAGCUGCAGGGCCAGGUGCAGCAGCACGAGGCCGGGCGGCAGAAGCUGGAAGAAGACCGACGCAUCGCCAUGUCGGAGAUGGCUCGGAUCCAGCAGACACUCGAGAGCGAGCGGGCACUGGCGCUGGACAAGGAGGAGAUCUUCAAGCGGCUACAGCUGCGCGAGGCCGAGCUGGAAGACAAGCUUGCGGGCGCUAUCGACGACCAGGAGCGACUGGAAGACCAGCUGGACGACCUGCUCGAGGUCAAGAAGCGGGCCGAAGAGGACGUUGACAAGCUGCGGGCGCAGCUGGAGCAGGCGGCCGGCCUGAUCGGCCGGCUAGAGGAGGAGAAGACGCGGCUGGCGCAGCGGGUGGCCGAGCUCAACAGCAGCCUCGAGGAGGUGUCGCGCCGGCAGUCGGAGCGCAGUGCCCAAGAGGUGGCGCUGGCCGAAGAGAUCAAGAUGCUGCAAAGUCAGCUGUCGAUCAAGGAGCGCAAGUCACGCGACCUGGAGACGCGCAUGCUGCAGGUGGACCAGGACGCGGCCGUCAAGGUAGCGACGGCGGAGAAGGAGCUGCACACGGCACGGACAAAGGAGCAGCGGCUCGCAGCCGACCACCAGGACGCGCAGAAGCGGCUGGCCCAGCUGUCGCAGACGUCGACCGACUACGAGGAUCUGAUGCGGCAGAAGGAGAGCGAGCUGGCGCUGCUGCGUAGCGACAACAAGAAGUACGAGGCCGAGCGGCGCUCACUCGAGGAGCAGCGACAGAUGCUGGGCAGCGAAAAGGACAAGGCCACGGCCCGACUGCGCGAGGUGCAGGCCGAGAUCGAGGCGAUGCGGUCGCAGGAGGACCAGCUGCGGCGCGAGGCCAAGGACGCUAAGGAGCUGCUCGAGGCACGACUCUCAGAGGAUGCGCAGGCUGAUCAGAACCGGCGGUUGCUCGAGUCGCAGAUCCAGGACCUCAAGGAGUCGUUGUUCGCGACGCAGAAGGAGCUCAGCCGUGAGCGGCAGUCACGUGACGACGUACAGCUCAUCGGCGAGCACAAGUACCAGGCGCUCAAAGAGGAGUACGACCACCUGAACGAGUCCAAGAUCAUCAUCGAGAAGGAGCUGUAUGCGCAGCAGGACACGCUGCGGCGGACGAUGGAGGCGCGCAAGGUGAUUGAGAAGGAGCGCGACGACGCACGCCAAGAGGUGCGGCGGCUGCGCGAGGCCAAGGUCGAAGCGGAAGAGGCACGGAUCGAGGCGGAAUCAUCGGGCGAGCGAGCAGCAUUGCGACUGGCACGCGAGCGUGAGGAGAGCCUGGUGCGUGACCUGGACGCGGCGUCGGAACGGCUGCAGUGGUUCGAGACAGAGCGCGACCGGCUCGGCAAAGAGGUCGACGAGCUCAACAAGCUGAUCGUCUCGUCGGGCGAAUUCGGCCUGAAGAACGACCAGGCCAAGGAGCGCAUGGAGCGCGAGCUGAACACGAUCAAGAGCCGGCUGACCGCGUCGGAGAACGACAACCGGGCCCUGCUGAACAAGCUGCAGCAGAAGAGCCUGGACAUUGCACGGUCGAGUUCGCGGGCGAGCGAGGCAUCCCGUGGCCAGAUCCAGGUGCUGCAGCGCGAAAAGGCCCGGCUGGAUGAGCAGGGCACCAAGCUAAACAAGCAGCUAGGCGAGGCCCAGAUGACCGCGGCCGCGCUCGAGAAGAAGGUCGAGAAGCUGAACCUGACGCUGGAGGACAUGAACCACGAGCUGGCCCGCGAGGUCAAGGCCAGCCGCACGGCCGAAAAGGUGUCGGCCAACGCGACCUCACAGCUGGCUGAGGUCAACCGGGCCGUCGAGUCGGAGCGCCACCUGCGCGGCCAGGCCCAAAGCACGCUGCGCACUGUGCAAGCCACGCUCGAAUCACGUGAUCGUGAGCUGUCGGACGUGCGAUCACAGAUUCUCAGCAUCCUCAAGACGGUCGAUCCGGUCGCUGCAGCCGCCUCCUCGGCCGCCGUCUCGGCCGCCAACGAUGGCAGCAGCGGCAGCGCCAAAGACCGCUCGCUGACGAGCAAGGACUUUUUCGAUCUCGGCCGCAAGAUCGAGGAGCUGCAGCAGGACCUGCGCGUCCAAAAAGCCGGUCGCAGCAAUGCCGAAGCCCAGCUGGCCGAGCUGCGGGCCCAACAGCAGUCGCCCGUGCUGCAGCGGUCGCGGCUGGAAGAGAUCGACCCCAACGAGAUGGCCUAUCCGGCGCCCGACGGCUCGCCCACCCGGACGAAGAAAGGCCGAGGCGGCGCCCGUCGCCUCUCCAACGGCGACAAGAGCAACGGCAACAACAACGGCAACAACAACAGCAACGGCAUGGCGACGCCGCCUCGGCAGAUGUCGGUCAUGCCGGACUCGGCUCGCUCCGACCGCACGGUCGACAUGCUGACGAUGAACAGCCGGAUGGACCUCAAGGCCGAGCUGGAAGAGGUGCAGAACCAGCUACAGCUAGCACAGAUGCAAAAUCGCCACCUCCAGAGCCAGCUCGAGCGCACCAGCGGCGGCAGCGGCGACGCGGCCAAGGACGACCAGGCCGACAGCAGCAGCAGCAGCGGCGGCAGCGGGCGCAACGGGCGGAUGCAGAAGCUGGAGAAGGCUAACAGCCGGUUGCACGACCUGCUGGACGACUCGUCCAAGAAGGUGUCGGCGCUGGAGAAGGCGCUGCGGUCGGGCGAGCUGUCGCUGCACGACAUCCAGACACGGUCGCACGAAGAGAUCCUCGACCUGUUGAAUGGCCAGGAAGAGUCGCGACGGUCGCUGCUGCACAGCCACAACGACGUGGUAGCCGAGCUGACCGACACCAAGGAACACUAUGACAAGCUGCGCUACGACCGGGCGCAGAUGGAGGUCGACCUGCGCGACGCCCGGUCGGAGCUGGAGGAGAUGGAGCAGGCGCGCGAGCAGGAGGCCGAGAGCCGCAGCCAGCUGCUGCAGGAGUUCUCGGACCUGCAGAUCCGGCUAGACGCCGAGACGUCCAAGCUGACGGACGUGACGUCGAGCCUGGGCCUGUACAAGAGCCGGGCCGAGGAGUACUUUAGCAAGCUAGAGCAGGCGGAGAUGGCGGUGAUCAAGGCGUCGCGAGCCGAACAGUUUGCACGCACGCAGGCACGCGAGGCCGAGGAGACGUAUGCCGAGGUGAUGGCCGAGCGCAAGCAGAUGGACAACAUGGUGGAGGACCUGCAGCGUCAGAACCAGCGGCUCGAGGAGCGGCUCGAAGACGUGUCGACCGACCUGGAGGCCGCCACCCAGGCCCGCAAGCGGUUGCAGCACGAGCUCGAAGACUACCGCAGCCAACGGGCCAUGGACAUUGAGGACACCGAGACCAGCCUGGAACAGACACGCCGCAAGUACCAGGCCGAGUUUGCCACGCUGACCAAAGAGCUGGACCUGGCGCGCGAGGAGAAGCUGUUCAAGCAGGCCGAGAUCGGACGCCUGCGCGAGGAGCUGGACGAGCUGCGGUCCAAGUGGGACGACGAGGUGCUCAACAGCUCGACCUGGGCCAAGGAGAAGACGCGGCUCGAGAGCACGCUGUCGGAUGUGGUGGCGUCACGUGAUGAGGCUGUGCAAGCCCACAAUGAGGCGCAGGGCCGCAUCGUCAGUCUGUUGUCCCAGGUGCACACGCUGCGCACGGCCGUCGACGAGACGACGUCGGAGCGCGAUGCCCUGGUGCGCGAGAAGCGCAGUGUCGAGGCGCGGCUGAACGAGGCCAAGUCGGGCCUGGAGGAGCUGGCCGCCCGCGGCGCCAAUCCGUCGCUGCGCAGCGCCGCCCACGCCGACAAAGAGAUGCUGGAUCUGCGGUCGAGCCUGGCCCAGCAGGAGGACGUGGCCGCGGCCGCGGUCGAGAAGAUGCGGCGGGCCGAGGCGCUGGCGGCCGAGGUUCAGAAGGACAUGGCCACGGAGCGCGAGGCCAACAAGAAGCUGCAGGCCGACAACGCCGUGCUGGAGAAGUCGUUGAGCGAGGUGCAGGUCAAGAUUGUCGACCUGGAGACCAAGGGCUUCUCGAGCGCGAGCCAGGACAUCAAGUUCCUGAACAAGCGAAUCCAAGAGCUCGAGGCCCAGCUGGAGACCCACGAGAAGGAACAGGCACAGUCGCAGCGAUCGGUCCGCAACGUCGAUCGGGCCGUCAAGGAUCUGCAGGGCCAGCUAGACCGCAAGGAAAAGCAGAACCAGCAGCUGCAGGACGACGUGGUGCGCAUGCGCGACAAGGCCGACAAGCUGCUCAAGACCAUCGACGAGCUGCAGUCGUCCGAGUCCAACAUCCAGCUGGCUGCUCGGCGGGCCGAGCGUGAGCUGCGCGAGGAGCGCGAGAAGAAUUUGCGCAUGGAGCGCGAGCUGGAGAAUUGGAAGGGCAGCAGCAGCAGCAGUGCUGGCAGCAGUGCUGGCAGCAUGCGGCGCACCGGUGCACAGGGUGCUUUCCGCGCCUCCGUUCUCGGCCAUACGGCCUCCACUGCCACCAUGCGCACCACCGUCUCGACCGUGGCCUCGUCCAUCGAUGAGGCCUCCGAGGCCGGCAGCGUCGACAUGCCCAAGCGGAAGGGCAGCGUCGGCCUUGCGCGAGCCCCGAGCUUGACCAAGGGUUUUUUGUGA